CGAGGAGAAGACCAGGACGAUGAGCGCUGCCAUGAAGAAGGAGAAGAUCAGCAAGAAGGCGCUGAAGGAGCAGCAGGCCAAGGAGGCCGAGCCGGUCCCUGUCGUCGAGCCUGCGGUCGUGAGCGACAACGAGGAAGACCACGAGGAAGAAGCGCUCUCGUACGAUCGCAUUGAGGUCCUUCAAGAUGCGGGGAUCAACGCCACGGAUAUUGCCAAGCUCAAGGAAGAUGGCUUCGCGACCGUUGGCCAGCUCUUUCAAGUCUCCAUGAAGCGAUUACUCCAAGUCAAGGGCGUGAGCGAAGCCAAGGCAGAGAAGCUCAUCCAAGCAGGACGCAAGAUCAUUGGCGAACGAAGUGGGUUCAUCUCGGCCAGUGCACUCCUCAUCAACAACAAGCAGAAGUAUUUCAUCACGACGGGAUCCAAGCAGUUCGACAUGCUUCUCGGCGGUGGGAUCGAGACCAUGUCUGUGACGGAGGUCCACGGCGAAUUCAGAACGGGGAAAACUCAGUUGUGCCACACGCUCUGUGUGACGGCCCAGCUUCCGCGCUCCCAAGGGGGUGGCGCCGGAAAAGUGGCCAUCGUGGACACUGAGGGAUCCUUCCGUCCGCAACGAGUGGCCGAGAUUGCCAAGACGCGAUACGACCUCGACCCCAAAGACGUUUUGGAUAACAUCAUCGUCGCCCGAGCGCAUAGCCACGACGCGCAGAUGGACAUGGUCACCAAGCUCGGCGUUCUUUUUGCGGAUCCUGAUCGCGGUCCGUUCCGGCUCCUCAUCGUCGACUCGAUCACAGCCCUUUUCCGCACAGAUUUCUCGGGGCGCGGGGAAUUGAGUGAGCGCCAGCAGCGCUUGAACGUGCACUUGCAGCGACUUGUGAAGCACGCAGAGGCACUUGAGACACACAUGGAGUUCAACGUUGCCGUGCUCGUUGUCAACCAAGUCAUGGCAGAUCCGGGUGCCAACGCCAUGUUUGGUCCUGUGAUCAAGCCCGUCGGUGGGCACGUGAUUUCCCAUGCUUGCCACACCCGUGUCUUGAUGAAGAAGGGUCGCGGUGACAAUCGCAUCUGCAAAGUUAUCGACAGUCCGUGCAUGCCCGAAGCCGAGUGCACGAUUCAACUGACCGCUGGUGGCGUCAGCGACGCGGAUGACUAGCAAAACG